UUUACGAACGAUCGACGUCGUCGCGGUAUCCGAGUCUGAUAGUAAAAAGAAACAGUCUAAUAAAGCAAGUGACGGAACUUAAUAAGCGAAGCAAAAAGAAAAAAAAAACGCAACGACAAAACCAAACGUGGAGUUAGAUUGUCAAGCGUAGCCGAGUGUCGUUUUUUUUUUUAUUUUUCAUUUGCCUGGACAAAACCUCGUGAUUAAUAGUUUAGCUGUUCCGUUGCCGGAUUAUCAGCGAAGAAUCUGGAUGGAACGUAAUCUCGCGGAAAAAUGGGACUUGGAUUUGAAAAACCGGCGGAAGUGACGUCAGCGCGGGCGCACUAGCAGACGUCGUUGCAGAGGAGCGCAAGAUUCACGGCAGUUCAGGCAGCUAAUGAACUCACCCCGUCGUCGGACAAUGCCGACCAGCUGAAGGCCGCACUUUCGAAGACUUCGUUCGAGGCUCCCCUCGUGCAUCUCUUUACCGCCCUCCAUUAAGAGCUAAACAAAGAAGGCAAGAAAACAGGGGACGGAAACUCGUCUUACCUGUCUGCUAUACGUAUUUUUACGGAAGUAAACAAGAUCAAUGGACCACGAGCGCUGACAAGAGAAAGAGAGCGAGCGAGAGAGAGAGAGAGAGAGAGAGAGAAAGAAAAAUGUCACGCUACGACGUGAAAGACGAAUACGACGUAGAGUCACAACGAGACAUCAAACUUACAAGCUACAACGUAGCGUGCAACGAUGAGCUCGGACGAUUUCGAGGCACCAAUAACAAUGGUAGCGUGCCCACCGAGCUUAACGGCCGACUUACGAACGUCACUCAAAGCAACGAUACCGUUGCCAGCACUACAGAAAAAGAAGUAGGGAGCAUGUCGUGUGGCAGUUGGAUGGAUAAGCGGAUGAAGAGUUUAUUCAGAAGGAAAUUGCUUUACAAGAGAAUACCAAUAAUCGAGUGGCUGCCAAACUACCGCAAGGAGUACAUCGUCAGCGACCUUGUUGCUGGUAUCACUGUUGGACUUACUGUCAUACCCCAAGCGAUUGCUUAUGCUAAUGUCGCUGGUUUGCCACUACAAUAUGGCCUCUACUCUUCGUUCAUGUCGUGCUUUAUCUACACAAUAUUUGGUUCCUGCAAAGAUGUUCCGGUGGGGCCUACAGCAAUCGCUUCUAUUAUGACUCAUGAAGCGUUGGACAAAGCGAAUUUGCCACCCAUCUAUGCGGUGACACUUGCUUUCGUCUCCGGCCUUGUUUCGUUACUUAUGGGUAUUUUACAGUUAGGGUUUCUAAUAGACUUUAUAUCAGGACCAGUCUCCGUCGGUUUCACGUCGGCUGCAGCAAUUAUUAUCGCUACGAGCCAAGUAAAAGAUAUCCUGGGGCUUAAAAUAAGUGGAGGCAAGUUUCUACAAGUUUGGAGGACGAUUUUCGAAAAUAUCAAUAAUACAAGUUUAUGGGAUGCUGUACUCGGAGUCGCCUGCAUAGUUGUUCUUCUUCUGUUACGGAAAGUUAAGGACAUCCCAGUGUUAAACAAGGAUGAAAAAAUGCCGUCGAUGUGGCGUCGGAUUUUAGAAAAGUUACUGUGGCUAGUGUCAACGUCGCGCAACAUCCUCGUGGUAAUGACUUGCGCGGUAGCCGCAUGGAUGUUGGAAGAUCGUCUUGGUAGUUCGCCGGUCGUCCUGACAGGACAUGUCGAGCAAGGUUUACCCGUUUUUCAAAUGCCACCCUUCGAAGCAACCAUAGGCAAUCAGACCUACGACUUCUUCGACACCGUUUCACUCAUGGGCUCCGGCUGCAUUAUUGUUCCAUUGUUAAGCAUUUUGGAAACUAUUGCUAUUGCUAAAGCAUUUUCCGAAGGCAAACCAAUCGACGCAACACAAGAGAUGCUUUCAGUGGGCCUGUGCAACAUAGUCUCAUCGUUUGUCUCAUCAAUUCCGGUAAGCGGUGGUUUGAGUCGCGGUGCUGUCAACCACUCAUCCGGAGUUAGAACUACCCUUGGCGGCGUCUAUACAGGUAUCCUGGUUUUGGUUUCACUGCAAGUUCUUACGCCCUAUCUUUACUUCAUACCCAAAGCUUCGCUUGCCGCUGUUAUCAUUGCCGCUGUCGUUUUCAUGGUCGAGAUACAGGUCGUGAAACCCAUGUGGCGUACUAAAAAAAUCGACUUGGUACCCGCAGUAGUAACAUUUCUCAGCUGCUUGUUUAUUCAAUUAGAAGUAGGAAUCUUAGUUGGUAUUGGAGUAAAUCUUGUGUAUCUACUGUACGGAUCAGCUAGACCUUCGCUUCGAGUUAGCAAAGCCAUAAGCUCUGAUGGAGUGGAUUAUUUAGUUAUCACUCCAGAUCGAAGUCUCGUUUUCCCAAGUGUGGAGUAUGUAAGAUCAAUGAUCAGCAAGCACGGCUCGAAGGAAGGAACCGACGUAGCAGUCGUUAUUGAUUCAACGCACAUCCAAGGGGCUGACUUUACCGCUGCCAAGGGUAUCAAGAGCCUUCUGGAAGAUUUUGCACGAAGAGGCCAACCACUUAUCUUUUACAACUUAAAACCAAGCGUUUUUACCAUUUUCCAAGGAGUUAAACCGGUUGAGUUGAAAUGUUGUUACAAUGAAAUUGAGCUUAAUGAAUAUCUUAAAGAGUUUGAUAACAAUUCAACUACAGUGACUCAGCACUAAAUCUAUCUAAAAAGAUAAGACUCUGAUGGAUACAGUAUUAAAACAAUAAUAUUUUAAUGCGUGAUCUUGAUUUCCUUAAUGUUAUAUUACACGAUCACGAG